AUGGCUCCUAUACGUGCAGCACUAGAAGACAUUGAGUGGGUUUUUGUCCAAGGUACCCUGCCUCUAUACACAUACUACAACCCAUUCGACCCCGCGUCCAUCCGGCAGACCCACGAAGAACUUCUCGGCAUCAUCCGAGACCAUGGUCUUUUUGAUGGGGUUUUCGGAUACUCUGGCGGAGCAGCGCUAGCAGCUGAGCUCAUCAUUGAAGCUGCUAAAUCCGAACCUGCCAGUGAGCCCUUGUUCCGCUUUGCAGUCUUCGUGAACAGCGCAUCCCCAUUACGCGUCUUCUAUGUCGACGAUGUCGACACUGUGAGUGGCCACGUCAACGUCUCCCAUACUUUCCAACAAGCAAAAGAGAUGUUCCUUCGAUCUAGCGCGCUCCGUCACAAACCUGGAGUGGACCAGGAAGAUCAAGUGGAUCAUAAGAAGCUGCUCGGACUCUUAAGCAGGCUGGAGGAGAGAAUGACAACAGAUGGGACUACCUUCCUCAGCGACGGCAUAUAUGGGCUGUGCCGAUAG